AUGUGUCGUUGGUUUGCAUAUCUCUCUCCUACAGAACCUUGUCUUCUAGAAGACGUCCUUAUCAGUCCACAGCAUUCCCUCGUCAAGCAGGUCCAUGAGCAUUUCCUCCCAGGCCUCAUACCACAUGACCCUAAGGAUCUCGAAGAUUGUCCCGAUAAUCUUGUGAAGCUACGAAACAGCGCUUACAAUAUCGACGGCUUUGGUGUGGCCUGGUAUACCUCCUCCGCAGCUGACUUUGAGCAAGGUGACACUGGGCAGUCUAGUGAUGGCAUGUUCAAAGAAGGGCUGCGUCCGGCUUUCUACAAGACAGUAACGCCACCAAUCAACGAUCUCAACUUCAGAUCGAUAUGUGCGAACACGGAGACGAGAGUUUGCUUCGCGCAUAUUCGAGCAGCCAGCGGGACGCCCAUCGUUCAGACCAACAACCAUCCAUUCGUUUUUGGCAGACACACCUGCAUGCAUAAUGGCGUGAUCACAGGCUUUCCUGUCAUCCGUAGAGCCAUGUUGAUGAAGAUGUCCGACGCGGCUCAUGCUACUAUGGUCGGAACCACAGACUCGGAACACAUCUUCGCUCUUUACAUAACCUAUCUGACCCAGAACGGCGACAGAUCCAGCUUUGAGAAAACAUACACUGUCCACGAAAUGGCAGCGGCCCUCCACGACGCAGUGGCAACUGUUAUCGGCCUACAGAUCAAGCUACUAGGCACCAAAAUGACUCCGAACAGUCUCAACCUCUGCGUUACCGACGGGAUCAAACUGGUUGCAUAUCGUUUCCGAAACCACAGCACGCAAGAACCGCCUUCGUUGUACUACAGCACAAAAGCAGGCACAACACUCAACCGCAAGUACCCUGACCAUCCUGAUGGUGCUAACAUCCAGGAUGAUGCAAAUAGGAUACCGAGAGACAAGCAUGGAAAACAUCUAAUUGUGGCUAGCGAGCCUACUACCUAUCGUGAGGCUGAUUGGAACUUGAUAGGGAAGAAUCAAUUGCUGAUGGCAGAUGAGCAAGGUGGAGUGAGACUGGCUGAUAUACCGUAUGAUCAGGCUUGGAACGCGGUUGACCCCACAGUUGACUCAUGA